AUGAGCAUCCUGUCCCAGCAAUCUACCUUUGUUGACAUCCUCACGGAGGAUUUCUUCACCAAACCUACUAUGGCUAACAUGUGCCCCGGCAGGCCUUGGUGGGAUGGCACCACGGAGUCACAAACCCCCGUCGCUGAAGCACUAACUGAAGAUUUCUUCACCAAUCCUAGCAUGACUAAUCUAUGCCCCGGCAGGCCUUGGUGGGAUGGCACCACGGACUCUCAAGUUCCGGUUGUUGAGGCACUAACUGAAGAUUUCUUUACCAACCCUACCAUGAUUAAUCUGUGCCCCGGCAAGCCUUGGUGGGACGGCACCGUUGAAGAGUUAGCCCUCUAA